CAUUAGACCAGAAGAAAUAUAUUCCUCUUCUCUCAUAUUCCCCUGCCAACUUAAGCUGACCCAUUGAAGUCUAUCCCACUGGAAUUCCAAAGCACCAACACUGCAUUCUUUUAGCCUGACUCUCCAAAAGAUGAUCCCAUCCUCAUGAGCUCAGAGAUGAGAGAAGAUCUAAGAGAACCAGCACUUAUCUCUCCACUUUCAGAGGAGAUCAGCCUCCGGCGAGCAUCGGAGCUCAUCAACUCCUCGAUCUCCUCCUCCUACUCCAUUCUCUCUUUCCCCACCAAAUGGCAAUUAAUCCGGGACAAGCUAGAGCAACUAAACUCCAACCUAGCGGCUGCAGCCGACGGCAACUCUUCCACCGACAAUUCGGCACUCACCGCGUUCUUGAAGCCGAUGAUAACGACUCUGAAUGACAUUCAGAUGCUCGCUGAUCGAUGCAGCGAUGAAACUUACAGCGGGGGGAAGCUUCUCAUGCGGAGCAAUCUCGAUGCUGUCUCAUCUAGGCUCGAGCUCAUCAUCAAGCAUCUCACACAAAUAUAUGCUUCUGCAAUUCUCUCCCGAUCCCAAGCCAUUGUUCUGACGAGGCCUGCUGUUGGUGCAAACAGAGAGGACAUGAGGUUUUAUGUAAAGGAUCUCUUCUCAAGGCUAAGGAUUGGAGACUUGGAUAUGAGAUCUCAAGCCUUGACCAUCCUUAAAGAGAUACUUCAUGAAGACCAGAAAUAUGUGAGGAUUGUGGUGCUAGAAACAACUGACAGCAUUAGUCUUCUGGUGAACUUUCUUGAAUUUGGAGACAUGGGUAUUCAAGAGAAGGCUGCAGGGGCUGUCUCAGUAAUUGCCAGCUUUGAUUCAUAUAAAGGAGCUCUUGUUACAGGCGGUGCCAUUGCGCCAUUGGUUCGGGCGCUGGAGAUGGGAAGUGAAGUGGGAAAAGAGGAAGCUGCUCAAGCUCUGAGGAAACUUACUGAGAAUUCUGAUAACGUGUGGUCUGUCGCCGCUCAUGGAGGUGUUACAGUGCUGCUCAAGCUCUGCGGCAAUGCUGAUAGCAGUGGUGAGUUGAUUGGUUUGGCUUGUAAUAUACUAAGGAACCUUAGCAGUGUCGAGGAAAUUAAGAAGUUCAUGGUGGAACAAGGAGCAGUUUCAGCUUUCACAGAGCUUUUGAAAUCAAAGGAAGAAACAAUCCAGAUUCAUGCACUAGAGUUACUGUGUGCAAUGGCUUUGGAGGAUGCCAGCCUUGGGCAUAUGGUGGUUGGAGAAGGGGUCAUUGAGCCGCUCAUGAAGUUAUUGGAUCCAAACUCUUCCUACUCAUUGAAGGCAAGAGAGGUUGCUCUCCGGGCUACCGAGUUGUUCUUCUUCUCAUCGAUAGAUUUGAUCAAUGUUUUGAUGGGCUGCGGUUUCCUUGAUCGGGUUCUCUUUUUCCUAAAGAAUGGUGAGAUAUCUACCCAGGAAUCUGGCCUCAAGAUUGUUUGCCAUUUGUGUGAGAUAUAUGAGGAGGCUAAGAAGGUGAUGGGUGAUGCAGGAUUUAUGGCAGAGCUUGUCAAGUUGCUAGAAGCUAAAUCUUUUGAAGUCAGAGAACUGGCAGCUGAGGUGCUCUGCUGCAUGGUUCCAGUUCAACGAAACUGCAGAAGUUUUAUCCAGGAUGAUCACAGUGUGAAUCAAAUCUUGCGGUUGCUCAAUCCAGAUGAGGAGAAAUCGGUAACAAAUAAGCUUCUGCUCUCAAUCCUGAUGUCACUAGCUAACAGCAGCAAUGGAAGGAGAAAGAUUUUGGCAUCUGGGUAUAUAAACCACUUAGAAAAACUAGCAGAGGCUGAUGUUGUGGAUGCAAAGAAGAUCAUUAAGAGGCUCUCUAGCAACAGAUUUCGGAGCAUUCUUAGCGGAAUAUGGAGUUUGUGAGUUUUAUCAUUAGCACUUCGAAAUUUUUUAAUGUCUAAACUUUAGCUUCUUUUCUUCCCCUCCGGAGUUUCUUUUUUUUUUCAUUAUGAUUUGGAGCAGCUUUUAGUGUAACUUUAUUUUCUUCCCUGAAACAGUAUCUGAAAUAUCACUGCUAAAAAAUUGUUCCAACAUGCUUAAGGUAAAGCUGGUGUUUGCUAAAAAUUUAGAAGGAAAUG